UUGCAAACUUACAACGCCCUCUCUCUCUCUCUCUCUCUCUCUCUCUCUUUCUCUUUCUCAAGAUAUUAAGUGAGUUGGCCUAAGAUAUUGACGUACCCAAGAUUGGAUUUUUUAGCAUUUCUAGCAUCGAGAAAUCCUGGGUUAGAAAGAUGUAUGCACAGAGUUUCCAGGAGUCCGACCUGGCGCUUCUUGAAUCCAUCAGCAGGCACUUGUUGCUCGACGACUCGGAGAGCCGGCUCCUCUCGAGUUGUCCGAACGGAGCUCAGUCGUGGACCGCGGGCCUCGGCGGUGACCCGUGCCCGUAUGUGGCCGAGAACUACUGGGGAGGGCUCCCUCUCAGGGAAGACGACCCGGACGACGUGGUCCUUUACAGGCUCCUGAACGAGCCUGCCUCCUUCGGCUGGGCCCCGCCGGGCUCGCAGGAGGCCCGCCUGCCCGGCUUCGCGGCUCAGGUUUCCGUGAAGCCAGAGCCAGAGUCCUUCCCGACUUGGUCGCCGGAGUGCGUCGCGACUCGGCCGCCGCCUGUGGCGGUCCCGGCGACGGGGAGGCACUACAGAGGAGUGAGGCGGCGGCCGUGGGGGAAGUUCGCGGCGGAGAUCCGCGACCCGGCGAAGAACGGGGCCCGGGUGUGGCUCGGGACUUACGAGACCGCGGAGGAUGCGGCGCUGGCCUACGACCGAGCUGCCUACAGAAUGCGCGGCUCGCGGGCCUUGCUCAAUUUCCCGCUCCGGAUCAAUUCGGGCGAGCCCGAGCCGGUCAGGGUGACGGUGAAGAGAUCGUCGCCGAAACGGCCAUCGCCGGAGUCGUCGGCUUCGUCAUCGUCAUCGCUGGACAACGACGCUGGGAAGAGGAGGAAGAAGGCGGCGGGCCCGUCGGUGGCUCCCGCGGCGGCACGCGUGGCCACGCCAGAGAAUGAGACGAAGGGAUUCCAAGUUGGACGACAAGUGGGAACGUCCACAAAUGGCGAACAGCUGUUGGUUAGCUUAUGAUUUACAUCUUUCCCUGUAACGCAACGUGGGUCAGGACAGAGAGGGAACCUUUGUGAAAAUUCUUUUGUUUUUUUUCUUUUUUGUUUCUUUUCGGGUUGUGUUUUUUUUUGCUGUGGAUUGUUUUGAGACAAUGGGAAGCGAAAUAAGACACAAGCAAAGACGGAAAGGGGCUUUUCCUGGGAA